AUGGGGAAACGGGCAGCGAUAUUGGCUCUGUUUAUGGUGGCGAUCAUGUCGGUCGAAGUCCAGCGACCGUGGGCGGCGCCCGAAAUAAUCGAUAAAGCCAAAGAAACAGUAGAUGAUUCAUGGGCUGAAUGGGCUAAAGGCUUGUUCACCGAGGGAUAUAAGUCGGGGGAGAACGCAGCCAAUGUAGCAUCUCAAGGGGCGUCGGAUGUUUCGAAAAAGGCGGGUGAAAAGACAAAUGAAGCAAAGGAAGAAGCAUCUAACAUAGCAGCCAACGUAAAAGUGGCGGUUGGUCAAGCGGCUAACAAGGCUGUGGAAGGAGCUUCAAACGUUUAUAAACAAGCAACUGAUAAAACAGGUCGCAUAUUAAGUGAAAGUGCAGGAAAAGCUUCUGAAGCUUAUGGUUAUGUAUCUGAAAAAGGAAAUCAGGCAAAGAAAACUGCUUCUGAUACCGUAAACCUUGCUUCCAACAAGGGUGAGGAAGUUAAGGAUAAAUCUUUUGAAGCUAAAGAUGUUGCUGGAGAGAAAAUUGAAACUACUAAGGAAUCUAUUGCCGACCAGGCAAAGAAGACCGUUCAGACCGCCAAGGAGAAAGCAUCACAAACCGCUGGUGAUGUUGGCGAGAAGGUCAAGUCCAAAAUUACAGAGCUUUGA